AUGGCAGCAGCUCAGGUGGGACCUCUCCCACAGCUCAAGUUGCCAUCUGGCCCUUCGCCGAUAACCGCCGAGCAGCGAUACUGGAAAACGUUUAAAAACCAACUGUUGAUCCCGUCACCCACCAGCUACCCCGUCACGCACAUCUCGUACAACAGCGACUCCUUCGUCGUAACGACUGGUACCCGCGUCCAAAUCUACUCCAACCGCACUCGCAAGCUCGUCAAGACCAUUACCAGAUUCGGGGAUGUGGCUAGAAGCGGAGACAUUCGCAAGGACGGCAAGGUCCUUGUUGCCGGCGACGACACGGGCAAAAUGCAAGUGUUUGACGUGAAUUCACGAGCGAUUCUCAAGACGUGGACGGAGCACAAGCAGCCUGUCUGGACGACGAAAUUCAGCCCUACGGAAUUGACGACGCUGCUUAGCGCCAGUGACGACAGGACGGUGCGGCUUUGGGAUCUGCCCAGCAAUGAGGCGACGACGACGUUUGUCGGACACGGCGACUAUGUGCGCUGUGCGAAUUUCAUGCCGGGGACUAUGUCGAACAUGGUUGUCUCGGGAAGUUAUGACUCCAUGGUGAAAUUGUGGGAUCCUAGAACGGGGAACAACUCGGCCGUCAUGACGUUUAAGCACGCCGCUCCGGUUGAGGAUGUGCUGUCUCUGCCGUCGGGGACUACUGUUCUUGCUGCGGCAGAAAACUCGGUCAGUGUGCUGGAUCUGGUUGCCGCCAGACCACUGCACAUGAUUACCAACCAUCAAAAGACGGUGACGUCGCUGAGCCUCGCGUCGAAUGGACGGCGGUUGGUAACGGGCGGUUUGGAGGGCCACGUCAAGGUCUUUGAGACGACGGGGUGGAACGUCGUCAACAGCGUCAAGUACCAGUCGCCUAUCCUGUCUCUACAAGUCAUUCCUUCUGGGGAUGGAAGCGACGCCAGCGACCGCCAUCUGGCCGUGGGCAUGCAAUCCGGUGUGCUGAGCGUCAAGACACGUCUCACAGGUACAGAGGCGAACCGCGAACGGGAGAGAGAAAAGGAAAUGGCGGCCCUCAUCGCCGGGACGAUCAGCUCGCACGACGCGAAAAAGUCAAAACGGAAGCGAAGAAUCGAAGCCGCCAACAAGCUGGACAUGGUGGGCGAGGGAGCGGAUGUAGUCAUCGCCAACGAGCCUCGCGUUCAUCGGAAAAAGGAGCGUCCCUGGCAGAAGGAUCUUCGACACGCGCGGUACGCUCGUGCGCUGGACCAGGUGAUUGAUCGCAAGUCACCGGACUACGCACCGCUUAAUGUGCUGGCCCUGCUGCUGGCGCUGCGUCACCGCAGUGCCGUGCGGGAUGCCCUUGAGAACAGGGACGAGCAGAGCGUCGAGCCGGUGCUGCAUUGGGUGUGCGGACAUAUUUGCGAUCCUCGAUAUGUCAGCGUCUGCGUGGAGGUGGGGUUGCACCUGAUUGAUAUGUAUGUCGAGUAUGUGAGCGGAUCGGCGGAGUUGGCUGAGAGUUUUCGAGUUCUUCACAGACGGGUCAAGACGGAGGUUGAGAGGGCGCAGGUUGCUUGUCAGACGGGCGGUAUGUUGGAGAGCUUGAUGAUGGGGGCUAUGUGA